GUAUCGAGUGGUACGCACUCUCUCCUUGUCCCUCCGUCCGCUCAACCAGACCGCCACGGUUGUGAACAAAGCUUGUUAUAUAUUAUCCAGCGUUGCCCUCGUUUGCCUCUUCUUCUUUUCUUCCAUCCUCAUCCUCAUCCUCAUCCAUCCUCUUCCACUCUUCUCGGAGACAUUGCUUGCAGCGUUUCCUCCCCGAGUGAUAUCAUCCAUCUCUAUCUUAUCACCUCCCCCCCCUCCUUAAAUACCGGUCCCUCCACCUUCUGGACCUUCCAAUUCCCUCAAUUGAACCUUUUACGACCUCAGUUCUAUCAUCAUGCCUCGCUUUGAAGACGCCGACUUUGCCGUGGACGCUGCUCCUGCUCCCGGUGCUCGUUCCCCCCGGGAUGCCCGUGGCAGCGCCGCUGGCUCUUUGCCCAUCCCCAGCGAUGCUGGCAACACUGUUGAGAUCCCUGCUACUCGCAGCUCCAUCAGCGAUGCUGCCCAGUUCAUGCACAACCUGAGCUUUGCUCCCUCUUCCCGGGAUCGUCGUGCAUCCCGCAACUCCUUCGGCACUUCUCUCCCCAUCCCCAGAUCUCCCCGUGUCUCUCGUCUGUCGUCCGUGGUCACUGCCGAUGUCUCUCGUGACAUCCUGGCCUCCCAAAUCCAGGACAUGAACAAGGAGAAGACCGCCGCCGCCAAGAACAUGGCUUUUGCCUUCGACAUUGACGGUGUCUUGGCCCACGGUAACGAGGCCAUUGAGGAGGCCAAGGAGGCCCUCGCCAUCCUGAACGGCGACAACGAGCUCGGUGUUAAGAUCCCUUACAUUCUCCUUACCAACGGUGGUGGUAAGACCGAGGAGGAGCGUUGCGCUCAGCUCACCGAGGUCCUCGGCUGCCCCAUCUCUACCGACCAGUUCAUCCAGUCUCACACCCCAAUGCAGGCGUUGGCGGAGUACUACGACACUGUCCUGGUGUGCGGUGGUGAGGGUCAGAAGAUCCGUCAGGUCGCCGAGAACUACGGCUUCAAGAACGUCGUCCACCCCAAGGAUGUCCUCGCCUGGGACCCCACCGUCUCUCCCUGGCGCUGCUUCUCCGAGGAGGAUCGUCUCGAGGCCAAGCCCCGCGACUUCUCCAAGGUCAAGUUCGAUGCUAUCCUGGUCUUCGCCGACUCCCGCGACUACGCCACCGACAUGCAGCUCAUCAUGGACCUGCUCCUGGCUGACGACGGCAAGAUGCUGACCCGCUCCGAGGACCCCGUUGCCAACCGCAUCCCCGUCUACUUCUCCCAGGGUGACCUGGUCUUCCCCACCGACCACAAGGGUCCCCCCCGUCUGACCCAGGGUCUGUUCCGUAUCUCCAUUGAGGCUCAGUACAAGGCCCUCACCGGUGUCGAUCUGGAGCGUGUCGUCUACGGCAAGCCCGAGCGCGCCACUUACACUUACGCCGACGAGGUGCUGAAGGCCUGGAUGGAGCAGCUCCACAACGAGGCCCGCGUGCCCGAGAACGUCUACAUGGUUGGUGACAACCCGGCCUCCGACAUCUGCGGUGGUAACAUGCACGGCUGGAACACUUGCUUGGUGCGCACCGGUGUGUUCCAGGGUGGUGACAACGACGAGAGCAACCCCGCCAACUUCGGUGUCUUCCCCCACGUUCUUGAGGCCGUCAAGACCGCCAUCCGCAAGGAGCUCGGCCAGGACUUCAAGUUGAAGUGGAACCCCAAGGUCAACCCCGUCCUCCACGGCGACGGUGCCUCCGCUGUCGAGUAAACGCAUCACUGCGUGACUAUUUCUUCUCUUCCCACCCAUUUUUCAUCUUGGUUCGCAUCUUGAUCGAUGUUAGACAUUUAUUUCUUUGCAUGUUACGGCUUACGGGUUUGGACUACUGAUAUCCAUCGUCGCUCCUGGGCCAAAAAAGUCACAGCGAGCCGACCGAUUUUGUUUGCGAUUUUACUUUUAGACUGUUUUAUUUUCCUUAUUUUUUGGUGACAAUCAUGCACCUGCAUGCUAGGCAAUGCAAUGCAAUGCAGCGUCAAUGCAACCUGUGUUUUCUUCCACUCAUACAUUCCUAUGAUGUCUCCUCCACUGGGCUGGUUAGAUGGAUUAGUUCGGGUUUAGACUUUUCUAGUUUGGUUACAUAUAUAUGAAUCCACGACCCUGCCUGCACUGUUGCAGCCGGUUGUUCUCUCUCCA